GAGCAAUGACGCGUUAGCUUAGGACUCCUCACCUCCGCAGAACCUCCGCAUCGCGUGUACCCCAUGGUUCCGCAAUUUCUACGCCCUCAGCGAAGCCAAUUCCUUCCCUCGGGCUAACGCCCUCUCGCGGCCCAGGAUGCCCGGUUUCCGCCGCUGGGGCCGGUCUAAGUUCGAGAAGAACCCCGAAUCGUCCUUCAAGCUCCUCGCCGCCGUCCUCGUCAUCACCCUGUACCUCAUUAUCAAAGAAUUCUCGCACCCGACUAUACGCACCGAAAGAGCACCCUCGUACGGCGCGCGCAUCCAGUAUGCGGACUGGCAGAAUGGGACGGAUAGGGCGGACAAAGAGAAGGCAGAGAAGGUCCGCAGUGCCAUGAAAUACACCUUUUGGAAGUAUCGCCAGCACGCAUGGGGCUGUGACGAUAUAUUGCCUGUCUCGGGCGGCAACUCUACAUCGAGAAAUGGCUGGGGCGCCUUCAUCGUGGACUCGGCGACAACGCUUGCGCUGAUGGGGCUGUGGGACGAGCUCGCGCUUUCGGUGGAACACAUUGUCACUGUCGACUUCACGACAGCUGAGGACCUCGUGGAUCCGUUUGAGACGACAAUUAGGUACCUGGGCGGUCUUGUUUCGCUGGUAGACCUCUGCGAUGCUGGCAUAAUACCGGAAAACAUCAUCACCCCAGAGGCACGCGACACCAUCCUCGAGCAAGCCGUUGCCCUCGCCGGUGCCCUAGGACCGGCUUAUGACACGCCAACCGGCAUGCCCUGGCCCCGAGUUAACUUUAGCAUAGCGCAGGGCUCCCCUGAUCCUCCGUCGCUCUACAUCGAGAAUCCGGAUAAGCCUCGAUACAAGAAUACUGUCAUCGGCCCUGCCCGCACCGGCUCGUCCAUUCUCGAGACCCGGUCAUUGAGCCAGCUCACUGGCAACCCUAUAUACGCAAAGAACUCUACUCUUGCUUGGGCGCCGCUCGUGUGGUCAAAGUGGGUGGCGCCCUGGCCUGGAAUGGUCGACGCACCUAUUGAUAUUGUCACCACUGCGCCCGUAGGCCGUCAGCGGCACUGGGAUGGCGGCCACGAUUCGUACUACGAGUACCUGGUCAAGAUGACCCUCCUCGCUCCGCCAUCUGAUCCCUAUCUCUCAAACUACAAGGCAACGUUCCUUGAUGCCGCCUACUCCUUGCGCAAGUAUCUUGCGACUCGCUCCGCAUCGGCACCUGACCACGCCAUGCAGCAUCUCUUCAUCGGUCGCCAAGACGAGAAGUGGUAUCUGAACCGACAAGGUCACCUUGCUUGCUUCGCGCCCGGAACUAUUCUUCUUGCGUCCAAGUUCUACGACGAACCCUAUCUACGCACUUUUGCUUUGGCCCUCCUGGAAGGCUGCCACCACACGUAUACCUCUACUCCCUCCAAGAUAGGCCCUGAGAGCUGGUCCUGGAUACCUGAAUUUGGAUACGAUGACCCCAUCUACACUCCUGAUACAACCCGGCAGGUCAAAGAGUGGAAAGCCAUGGGCUUCUGGAGCACCUCGCCGCAAUAUAAAGGCCGGCCCGAAUACGUCGAGUCGCUCUUCUAUGCCUGGCGCAUGACGGGCGAGCAGCGCUAUCGCGACUGGGCAUGGGAAGCCUUCUCGGCAAUGGAUAAGCACUGCAAGGCUCCGUACGGCUACGCGCAGUUGACCGACGUCUUCAGGGUGAAGCCGGAAGAGUGGAGCGGUCUGGGAUACGGAAGGUGGAUCGACAUGCAGGAGAGCUUCUGGGCGGCUGAGACGCUCAAGUAUUUGUACCUGACGUUCAGCGACGCCGAUGUGGCGAGCCUAGACCGGUGGGUGUUCAGCACAGAGGGUCACGUAUUCCGCAUGAUCAGAUGAAGUGAGUUA